AUGCCAAGACGUGUAAGUCGGUUUCGGCCGACGACGGCAAGCUCGAAAAUCAUAGAUCCAGGAUCACAGCCACGAAGGCGGACAACCAGAAUACGAUGGCGCCAGUCAUUGCGUAGAAACGGUGUUUUCGCUUUUUCUUUUUUUUUUUCUCUCUUUUUUUUGUUACUCCAACAUCAGAGAAUCCAGGGGACGGCCUUCUGGUUGGGGGCCUCACAAGACACAGAAAAUGGAAAGAAUCCCACUAGGCAUUCGGGGUGGCAUUUUAGACUGGUGCCAACGACCGCUGUCAGGCCCUGCGCCCUCCAGCCAUGUUAG